GUGGUUGUAUAGUGUAUAGUGUAUCGGUAUACACUAGCGACAGUGUGGAUAUGAGUGCAAGUGAUCUUCUCUGGAAGUAAAAUAGUGAACGUUGAUAUGGCGACUGGUGGGGCAAAGACUCAAAAUGGGGUCGUCCCAGGCGCCAAACUCAAGAACGGAGGAGUUUCAAUUUCCGAAAAGGAGAAAGAACAUCUGAAAUAUGCAGAGAGUAAACCAGUUAGCCAAUGGAGGCGAGCUCUUCCACAGUACCUUGCUGCAUUUGCUAAAAACCUCCUUCUCCUAGACCUUGGCAUGGUGAUCGCCUUCCCCACCAUAGUUAUUCCUCCUCUGCUGCAUUCUAAGGAGGGGCUCAAAUUCACAAUGUCGCAAGCAUCGUGGUUUGGCAGUAUCGUGUACUUCUGUCAGCCGCUGGGCAGCCUCACAGCUGCGGUGACGCUCGACUACCUCGGCCGCAAAAGAGCCAUGAUCUUCCUCAACAUCCCAUUCUUUUGCUGCUGGGUGACCCUAUACUACACACAGACGGUCACUAUGUUGUUUGUGCUUAGCGGCAUCAUGGGACUGGGUAUAGGGUCGAUAGAAGCCUCAAUACUAACGUAUGUGGGGGAGAUUAGUGAGCCCAAGUUGAGAGGAACGUUGACCUCGAUGGCCGAGAUCGCAGAGUACAUGGGCUUCGUGUUCAUGUUCUUCCUGGGGACGGUCACUGAUUGGCGGACAAGCGCACUCAUCAGCGCGUUGGUACCUGUCGUCAGCUGUCUAUCCCUUCUACAGAUUCCAGAGACUCCCAUCUGGCUGUUAUCCAAGGGUAAUUCCGAGGAGGCUUUGAAGGCUCUCUGCUGGUUACGAGGGUGGGUGACUCCUGAUCAGGUACAAAACGAGUUUGACGAGAUGGUGAGGUACAGCCUCGCCAGCAAAGUACUGACCAAAAUGUCCAAGUGCGACUUGGAGCAACAAGCUUAUGCCAAUGAGGUAGACCUAACUGAUGAGAAGUCUCCGAAAACUCAUCCAACAGACACUAAAAGUGCAGACGGUUCAACCGAAGUUUCUGUAAGCUGCGAGCAAAAGAAAAUGGAUUUGAAAGCCCAACUGAACGACUUGACGAUCGGUAUGGAGAAGGAAUCGAUCGAGUCUUUGGUUGAACAGAAAUUACCCUUCAGGGAGAGAUUGAGGGACUUUUGUCGUCAAGAGAUGAUGAUGCCGAUGUUUUUGGUUUGUUCCUUCUUCUUCUUCACAUACGGCUCUGGAAUGCUCGCAAUCAGACCUUACAUGGUGCCAGUUUUCAUGAACUUGGGGCUUAUUAUGGAUCCUUAUUUAGCAACAACAGUCUUCACGGCUAUCGGGCUGGGUGGCUGUGUCCUGUGCACCGUCACUGUCCGUUUCAUCGGCAAGCGACCCCUGGGUCUCAUAUCAGUUCUGGGCUGUGCCGUCAGCUGUCUCUCCCUCGGUACUUACGCACUGUACGUAGAUGAGCUCGAAGGCCACAAACACGCGUGGAUGCCGAUGGUCAUGAUGGUCGCCCUCGCCUUCUUCACUGGGAUCGGAAUGGAUCCAUUGCCAUGGAUGUAUCUCAGCGAAGUCUUUCCUUUCAGAGGGCGCAGUAUGGCGUGUGGUGUAGCAGCCGGUAUUUCCUACGUCUUCGGCUUCAUCGCAACAAAAACGUUUCUUGUGUUGGAGAAGACGUUAACUCUGUCCGGAGUGUUCUAUCUAUACGGAAGCUUUAGUGUUGUUGGGUUCAUCUUCUUCUACUUCUACCUUCCCGAGACCGAAGGAAGGACAAUGCAGGACAUUGAGGAGAGUUACAAGAAAAAGAGGAAAAGUGAUAGAUAGUUUUUGGAAAAAUUAUAUUUGUACAUAUUUUAAAUGAUUCUACAAGAAAAACUAUUUUAGCGAAAUGUAAUGUGUUAGGGAACUCAUUUUACUCAUUUGUGGCAUUAGUUUUCCAAUACAAUCAAUUAAUGUCUUAAACUCUGUCCACAAAAUUUUAGUGGUCUGAGGUGAAGCGGUUCCAGCCCAUCCACUUCACCCUAACUAUGAAACAACCACAUAAAUUUCUUAAACUGAGUAUAACGGACUAUAAUGUUUUGUCCAACCAAAAUACUGUAGUAUGAAAGUUGUAGUGUAGUAGUGCAGUAACCUUUGUUAGGUUACUGUAGGAAAAGAUAUUUUGUGUUAAAAAUAUUUAAUUUUUUAUUCAGCUUUACCAACAUUAUUAUUUGGAAUAAUCUCAGGUAAUUUUAUUAUCAAUCUAUCUUUCAAAAUGUUAUUUGAAUGUUUUAUAGGCAAUUUCUUUACAGCGAGAUAGUAGUAUGUAUGUUUUAAUUUUACCAUUAGUUGCUAUGGAUUAUGUAAAUAUUUGUUUUCGAAUAGAUAAGGUUCAG